ACUUCCCCCUCUGACCAAGAUGGCGUCUCUCAGAAAGCAGUGUUAGCAGAGGGUCUUUGUUGUGUUAGAAAGAGGUAAAAUGUGUAAAGUCCAGAUGCUGAGAGCGUUGGUGGAGCAGCGACUAACUGCGGCUGCUGAAGAGAUAUUUGGGCUGUUUGAAAGAACGAUAGCAGAGUACGAGGAGGAACUUUGUCGUUCAAAAGAGGAGAACGAGCGACAACGGGAACUACUGGACGCUGUUUUCAACCCUCAGCUCCGGGUCCACAGAGCAGAUUCCUUUCCCCCCGAGCAGCAGGAGUGUAGCUCCAGUGUGGAUCAGGAGGAGCCAGAGUCCCCCCCACACAUUAAAGAGGAGCAGGAGGAAUUGUGGAGCAGUCAGGAGGUAGAGCAGCUUCAAGGGCUGGAGGAGGCUGAUAUCACCAAGUUCCCAUUCACUCCUGUCCCUGUGAAGAGUGAAGAUGAUGAAAAAGAAGCUCAGUCCUCACAGCUUCAUCAAAGACCAACUCAACACAUGGAAACAGAAGCUGAUGGAGAGGACUGUGGAGGACCAGAACCAGCCAGGAACUCACAUCCACUUUUACAACCAGAGACUAAAGACCAGACUGAAGACUCUUCUGAACCUGAGACUGAUGACAGUGCUGAUUGGAAGGAGACCAGAGAACCUCAGUCCGCUUUAAACUCUCUGAAACAUAAUUCAAGAUGUAAGAAAACGUUCAGCUGCUUAGAGUGUGGGAGGAGAUUUGGCCAAACGGGACAUCUAAACAGACACAUGAGAACUCACACUGGCGAGAGACCUUUUAACUGCUUUGAAUGUGAUAAAACUUUCACUGUAAAGGAAACCCUGAAGAGACACAUGGUUACUCACACAGGAGAAAAACCUUUCUCCUGCUCAGUCUGUAAUAAAUCUUUCACUCAGAGUGGAAGUUUACGGUCACACAUGGUAGUCCACACCGGAGAGAAAAGAUUCAGCUGCAGUGUUUGUGACAACAGAUUUACCCGGAGUUCUCAUGUCAUAACACAUAAAUGUGUUGGUCAUAUGGAAACAGAAGCUGAUAGACAGGACCGUGGAGGACCAGAACCAGCCAGGAAUUUAAUAUUUAUUUAGUCUCAGUUACUCUAUAUUGUUCACUUCCUAUUUUGAAACCUGUAAAUAGUAUCACCAAAAUCUGUCUGACACCCAACCGUGCUGUAGUCUCCGGAGAGUUAAUCCCUGUCACUCCACUCAGCAGCCGGGAAACAAGACAAGACUGGUGUGCUGGUCUGGAGGAGCUGCAGCAUUUGUGCUCAAACUGCAAACUCUAGCUAGCCAACUGCACAUUUACAUAUCUUCACCGCUAAUCGCUCUCCUCUGAUCCGAUCUGGCUAAAAUACAAUAACAUACAAACACAAGAAUAAAGGUUACAGUGAGUAAGAAAUUAAUAAUUAUGAAAUUUAAUUGUAGGGACAGUUUUGGAGGAGAGACGGAGGGAUUUUUAUUUUAAUUUUUGUUUAAUUUCUGUCAGGGUUUCAAAUACAUCUCACAUAUUUACCCGUGGUUUGUUAUGCCUCUGGCAAUGCAGCUGUUAGAAACAUGCCAGGGUUUUUAAGUCGGGUACAAUCUAUCUGCAUUGGUUGGUUUGUUUGUUUUUCUGCUUCGUGGCGGUACUAACGUUCCGGCUGUAGAGAGCCGGGUUUACGUGUUUACAGGUACAGUUGUGUUCAGAAUAAU